AUGCGCAGCGUGGGCGCCCUAGCAGAGUGCUCAACCAGCUACGCCCCACAGGCCGGCCGCCGCGCCCUCCCCUCGGCGCCGCGCCUCCGCCGCCCCCGGGCUCUCCGCUUGCCCGUCGUCGCCGCCCUCGCAGCAGCCGCAGAUGCACCGCCGUCCGUCGAGACCGCGAAGGCGCGGCUGCUGCAGGCGGUGGAGUACACCCGCCGCGGCGCCAACACCACCCAGGACCUGCGGGGCGACGUGGAGGAGGCACAGGUGGCCCUAGAGAGCCUGCAGCCAGGGGACGGGCUGGACUAUGCCCUGCUGGAGGGCAAGUGGCGCCUGGUGUACACGACAGCCGCCGACGUCGUCCCGAUCGUGGGGCUGGACCUGUCGUCGCUGCUGCCUGCUGGCCUUCCGGCGCCUGUGGUCGUUGGGGACGUCUUCCAGCGCUUCUCAAGCGUGGAGGAGGGGCGCGUGGAUAACAUUGUCGAGUUCGGGCUGCCGCCGCUGACGCAGGGCAGCGGAGGGGUCACGUUCACGGUCGGGGCGAGCUACGAGGUCCGCAGCCCGCGGCGCAUCUCUCUGACGUUCCUGGAGGCCCAAGUCGGCCGCGUGCGCGCCAGCCCGCUGCUGGAGGCCCUGCUCGCGCCGGCGCUGCUGCCGCGCGGCUGGUGGAACCAGCGGGCGCUGCUCGCCAUCAAGGAGUUCAACCUUCGGUUUCCCUUCCGCAGCGCGCAGCAGGUGGCCGCCGGGCGCGCUGUGGGCGCGGGCUACCUCCUGACCUACCUUGACAGCGACGUGCUCAUAGGCCGCGCACAGGCGCCAGGCGGGUCGUUCAUAUUUGUUCGCAGCCCAGAGUGA